AUGGAUCACUAUCCUCAAAUAUCGCCUAAACGAGCGCGAGCACGGAGAAUGCUCCCACGCAAACAAAAAUACGUAAAACGUCUCAAGACCACAAAGAAUACACCUAAAGCUAAUAAUGUCAAUAUUGGUGUUGGAUCUUCUCUAUUUCCAUUUUCUACUACUACUCCAACAUACACACCAAAUGCAUCAUCUUUGAGAAAGCCUCUUGCUGAUAUUACAACAUCCAUAAAUAGUAGAAAAACCGUCGAGCAAGUUGUGGCUGAAGGAGAUAUGCUUAGUGCAAUGUUUGGAGGUUCCCUGCCUCGACCAAGUUAUCAUGGUUUUAGGAAUCCGAAGACGUGUUUGAACAUACAAGACGUAAGGACUAACCUUAUGGAUAGAUUUGCAACGCAUGAUAAUGAGGAAUUUCCCGAAAAUUAUGUACAACCAAAACGUGGUCGUGGCCGUCCUAAGAAGAUACAAAUUGAUACCAAUUAUACAAUAUACCCUCAAGGUCAUGUCGAAACUGGAUCAUCAAGUACUGUUAACAGUACUCCUCAAAGCCAACAUGUUCUUGCUCCUCGUCGUGGACGUCCUCCAAAAUCUUUUGGAUUGCCAACAUUCACAGUCAAACCCACAUUAGAAGAUCAAACAAGUGUGUUGCUAGAGACAUCGAACAAACAAAACAUCAAUGAGAUAACUUCUACGAUGCAUCUUGCACAACAGUCCCGCCAAAGUCAAUUGCCGCCGACGUCACCUAUUUUCAGAACAACAACUUUUACAACACAUCUCAAUGACGGCCAAAUUGUUGAUUCUGAUGAAGAUUUCAGCACUGACGAUGAUAACAUUAGUGGUUCUUACUCCAUGCCCUAUCCAUCAAAUGAGUAUUAUGAUAUCGGCGAUCCACUUUUUGAAUGUCGAUAUUGCUUCGCAUUAAUGUGGUAUCAGGAGAGGAUGGAGAAACACAAGCACUCGGUAAAUCCUAAAUAUUCAAUGUGUUGUGGUAAUGGGAAAGUUGAGAUAUCUUUCUUAAAAACACCGCCUCCUGUACUAAACAAAUUACUUUUUGAUCACGAUUCUAUAAUCAGCAGAAAGUUCAAACAGCAAAUACGAGUUUACAAUAUAAUGUUCGCAUUCACAUCUCCUGGUGCCAAGUUGGAUAACAAGUACAACAAUGGUUAUGGACCUCCCAUAGUACGUAUUCAAGGCCAAUCUUGUCACCGAAUUGGUAGUCUGUUACCACCUGAGGGUCAAAAACCAAAGUUCGCACAACUAUACAUCUAUGACACCGAAAAUGAAGUAGAAAACAUAAUGGAUGGUCUAAGGGAUCGCACAAAUAUAGAUCCUGAAAUUGUUCAGCAACUGUCUUCGAUGUUGUAUGAACAUAACACACAUGCGAAAAGCUUCCAAAUGGCAAAGGAAAGAAUCAACAUCGAUAACAUCCACAACUUAAAGUUGAGACUCAUUUCUGAUCGCAAAACUGAUGGUAGGAUAUACAAUCAGCCUACUGUGUCUGAAGUUGCGGCGUUGAUUGUUGGUGAUGUUGACACUGCAGAGGAAAGGGACAUUAUUAUGGAAAAAAGAAGUGGAAAACUUAAAAGGAUAGAUGAGUUUCAUGCAAGUUAUCUAGCAUUUCAAUAUCUAUUGAUUUUUACAUAUGGCGAGGAUGGUUAUAGACCUGAUGUGGCUCAUCGAGAUUUGGAGAUAUUUGAUGAGAACAAACGUAAUCGUCUCACUAUUAGAGAGUGGCUUGCAUUUCGAAUUCAAUCGAGAUCUAAUGAGGCAAAAACUUUGUUAUCAUCAAGAAGAUUAUUUCAACAAUUUCUUGUGGAUGGGUACACCAUGAUGGAGUCUGAAAGAUUAACAUGGCUCCGUAACAACCAGUCAAAGUUAAGAGUUUCCAAAUAUAAUAAUCUCAAUGAACAGGGUGAUGAAAGUGCAGCGCUUGGGUCGAGCACAGGUAAAAGAGUUGCAUUGCCAUCAUCCUACAUUGGAAGUCGAAGAUUCAUGGAUCAACUUUAUUAUGACGGCAUGGCUAUUUAUAGCAAAGUCGGGUUUCCUGAUUUGUUCAUAACUUUUACCUGCAAUCCUAAUUGGCCUGAGAUAAAAAGAGUAUUAGGACCUCUUCACUUAAAACCUCAAGAUAGACCAGAUAUCAUUUCAAGGGUCUUCAAGUUGAAGUUUGAUGAACUUCUAUCAGAUUUAACAAAGAAGGGUAUCUUAGGGAAAGUUCUUGCGUACAUGUACACUAUUGAGUUUCAAAAAAGAGGGUUGCCACAUGCCCAUAUUUUAAUCUUCUUGCAUCCUUCGAACAAAUACCCAGCACCUUCUGACAUUGAUAGAAUUAUUUCGGCUGAAAUACCAGAUCCGGUGUUGGAACCGAGGCUGUAUGAUUUGGUUAAGACUCAUAUGGUGCAUGGUCCUUGUGGCCUAGCUAAUCAAAAUUCACAAUGCAUGAAAGACGGUAAGUGUUCAAAGUAUUAUCCGAAGAAGUUUCAAAGUACCACAGUAGUUGAUCAAGAUGGAUAUCCUAUUUACAGAAGAAGAGAUAAUGGAAACACAAUUGACAAAAAUGGGAUAAUACUGCAUAACGGUCAUGUCGUUCCUCAUAACCCAAAUCUGUUGUUGAAGUAUGGAGCACAGAUCAAUAUGGAAUGGUGCAACCAAAGUACUUCAAUCAAAUACUUAUUCAAGUAUAUAAACAAGGGUUCUGAUAGAAUUUCGCCUGUUAUAGUGCCAUCUGAUUCAACCAACAGACGUGGUGAUAAAAACAUUGAUGAGAUUAAACAAUAUCUAGACUGUAGAUAUGUUUCACCAAGUGAAGCAUGCUGGCGAAUUUUCUCAUACUCAAUACAUGGAAGGAAACCUGUCGUAGAAAGAUUGUUCUUUCACUUGGAAGGAGAACAUUCUAUUUACUACCGAGAUUACGAGCAAAUUGGAGAUGUCUUAAUUAAGCCAAGUGUUACGGAAUUCAUGUUUACGGCUUGGUUCGAGGCCAACAAUAAAUAUGAAGAGGCAAGGUUGCUAACUUAUGGACAAUUUGUUUCAAAAUUUGUAUAUGUCAAGAAAUCAAGAACUUGGAAGCCACGGCAGCGGGGAUACACAAUUGGUCGACUUAUGUGGGUUCUGCAAUGUACAGGUGAGUUGUAUUAUCUACGGAUGAUGUUAACCGCGAAGAAAGGUCCCAUAAGCUACGAUGACAUCAAAAAUAUAGAUGGUUUCCAACAUAAAACCUUCAGAGAUGCUUGCUUCGCCAUGGGAUUUCUCCAAGAUGAUCGUGAGUUUAUCGAAGCAAUAAAAGAGGCACACCUUUGGGGUUCAGGACAAUUUCUUAGAAAGCUGUUUGUCACAAUGUUGUUGUCUGCAUCGAUGGAUAGACCUGAGCAUGUGUGGUCUAAAACUUGGCACUAUCUAUCUGACGGUGUUUUAUACGACCAGCGGCGCCUGGCUAAAAAUCCAGGACUAAUACUCACGGAUGAAGAAAUCAAGCAACUUACAUUGAUGGAAAUAGAGUCACUGUUGCAAAAUAACAGAAGAACUUUGAAAGAUUUCAAAACUAUGCCAUAUCCAGAUGAUUAUGUCAUUGAUACUCUUGGAAAUCGGUUAGUUUAUGAAGAAAGACAAUAUGAUGUUGUUGCUCAAGCUGCACUGCAUCAGAAACUAUUUUCUUCUUUGACUGGCGAAAAUUCUGCAGUUACAUGUAAAACUUUCAUGUGGAACACCCUAUCCGACGCAAUUCAUUCAAAAGAAUGUAUUGUUCUAAAUGUUGCAUCGAGCAGGAUUGCCAGCUUAUUGUUACCAGGCGGACGAACAACACAUUCCAAAUUUAAGAUUCAUGUCCCAACUAUUGAAACAUCAAUUUGCAACAUAGACAAGAAAGAUGAACUUGCUCAACUUUUGAGAUUAACCGAUCUUAUCAUAUGGGAUGAAGCCCCUAUGGCCAAUAAGUUUUGCUUUGAGGCACUUGACAAAAGUUUGAAAGAUAUAAUGAGUCAAACUAAUAACGGUUCAAAUGCCAUUUUUGGAGGAAAAGUAAUUGUUUUUGGCGUAUUGAAACUCACCAAGAAUAUGCGACUACGUAGUGGCAAUUCUGCAUCAUCCAUUGAAGAAGUUGAGCAUUUCUCCAACUGGAUACUCCAAAUAGGUGAUGGCAAAGUUGAAGAACCUAAUGAUGGAUAUACUGAAAUUGAAAUACCUCCAGAGUUCCUAAUCUCUGACUUUAAUGAUCCAAUUGAAGCAAUUGUUUCAAGUACUUAUCCAAAUUUGGUUGACAACUACAAAGACUCUCAUUUUCUUCAAAGUAGAGCUAUCUUGGCUUCAACAAUAGAGGUGGUUGAUGAAAUUAACGAUUAUGUCACACAACUUAUUCCAGGUAACUUCUAA